AUGAAAACCAUUAAUAACACUGAAGGUGUUCGCGGCCUAUUCCGAGGUCAUUCAGCUACUUUACUUCGAAUAUUUCCCUACGCUGCUAUUAAAUUCAUAGCAUACGAACAGAUCCGUGCUGUCGUAAUACCCUCCAAAAGACACGAAACUCCCUUUCGCCGACUGAUUAGCGGUAGUUUAGCCGGCAUCACAUCCGUAUUUUUCACAUAUCCGUUAGAACUUAUUAGAGUGCGGCUGGCAUUUGAAACAAAGCAAGGAUCCAAGUCAUCAUUGCGAAAUAUUUUCAGCCAAAUUUAUAAUGAAGGAAGCAUCGUUGCUAGUUCCGCUGAUGGAGCUGCUUCUGCAUCUACUGCGGCUGCUGUUGUGGAGAAGGUCAAGCCUCGAUAUGGACUUGUGAACUUUUACCGCGGAUUCUCUCCCACAAUGCUCGGGAUGUUGCCGUACGCAGGCAUGUCUUUCCUUACACACGACACUGUUGGUGAUUGGCUUCGUCAUCCCAGUAUAGAGAAAUACACCACCAUCCCACACUCUGGCAAACAUACGCCGCAAGGCCAGGAACAAGCGCGCUCUCAUAGACCACAGUUAACAGCCACCGCUGAACUGUUCUCUGGCGCUGUUGCAGGACUCAUAUCCCAAACAUCCUCAUAUCCAUUGGAGGUUAUCCGACGACGAAUGCAAGUUGGAGGUGCAGUUGGUGACGGGCAUGUUCUCGGUAUACGAGAGACGGCUCAGAAGAUAUUCCUUGAACGUGGAUUCAAAGGUUUCUUUGUUGGUUUGACAAUCGGGUACAUGAAAGUCAUACCAAUGGUGGCUACGAGUUUCUUCGUCUAUGAGAGAGGAAAAUGGUGGCUUGGUAUAUAG